AUGACUUGUAUUACCAAUUCACUCAAAGUUGAUAACAAAAACAACCUUUUAUUUUUAACUCCUCUUAUAGCCACUAAAGAGGUUUUGAAAACACAUACUGUACAUCAUCCAGUUGAAAAGAUUGACGGUCUGGCUAGAGAUCAGUUCAAGAUUCUAAACAGAAAUGACCACGGUUUGAAGGAUUUAGUGUACCUUAACAACGCAACAACAACACACAAACCCGAAAUAGUUCUUGAAGCUGUGUAUGACUACUACACAACCCACAAUUUCAGUGUGUACAGAGGAUCUGGAACACAUCAUGACCAGAUAUCAACAAGCAUUUACGAAAACGCUCGAAAGAAGAUUGCGGAUUUCGUAAACGCUCUGGAUUCAACUGAGAUUUUAUUCACUUCCGGAGUCACAGAGUCUCUAAAUUUUGUUUCUAACACUUGGGGGUUAAAGUAUCUGAAGAGGGACGAUGUCGUUCUCUUGCCCUUUUCAGAACAUAACAGCAACCUUCUCCCGUGGAGAAACAUAUGCGAGAAGGUCGGAUGUACAAUAGAGCACGUGAAGGUAAGUGUGUGCUUGCUCAAAAAUGGAAAGGUCGACUUGGAAGACCUAAGGCACCUUUUGGAAAGCAGAAAAGCAAAAAUACUCUGCUGCGGACACUCGUCAAACGUAGUGGGAGUGGUUCAGGAUCUUAAGACGAUAACAAAGCUGGCACACCAGUACGGAUGCUACGUGUUGGCGGACGCAGCGCAGACAGUAGGGAAAGUUAAGAUUGACGUUCAAGACAUGGACGUGGAUUUCCUGGCAGGGUCAGGACAUAAAAUGUACGGACCCACGGGAAUAGGAUUUCUGUACUUUAAAAAGCAUCUCCUCGAGGACCUGGAGCCGCAAAAAACGGGAGGAGGAAUAGUUAAGGAAGUCACCUUUGAAGGUUGCGAAUACCUGGAUGCACCAUACAGGUUUGAAGCAGGGACGCCGCCAAUAGCACAGGCGAUAGGGCUGGGAGCGGCCGUUGACUUCAUAAACAGCGUCGGCAUCGACAAGAUACAGGGCCACAGUAAGAAGCUGCUGCUGUACCUGUAUGAGAAGGUGAAGGACAUGGUGACCCUGUACAACUUUGACCCGAAGCUGGAGAGGCUGCCGAUACUGGCAUUUAACGUCGAGGGCGUGGACCCGUUCGACCUGUGUUCUUUGCUGGCGACGAAGAACAUAAUUACACGUGCAGGGAAACACUGCGCAAAUAUUUUACAUAAGACCUAUUACUGUACUAACACGAUUAGGGUCUCACUUGCAAUGUAUAAUAACAGUAGGGAAAUUGACAUAUUCGUGGACGCACUCAAGGACGCAAUAAAAACACUAAAACCGUUAAAUGGAGCCAUUUAG